CCUAGACCACUCAAUUGUUUUUUCAUUUACCGCAGAGAGAAUGCAAAAGCAUAUCGAGGGAUGAUUGCUCCGGUACUCUCUGCCAAACUCGCCAACGACUGGAAGAAUGAGACGCCUGAGCGGCAACAGUAUUACAUGGAACUUGCUGAAAAGGCUAAAGUCGAACACAAGCUCGCGUAUCCGAAUUACAAGUUCACGCCC